AUGCGUGAGGACGUGUCGUCUAAAAUUGAACUUGAAAUUCGUCCUCAUCAGUUAAUAAGGUGGUUGUGCAAAUGCGCUUCCGAAUAUGCCAACAGCAGUUUUUCUUCGCCAUGUUACUCUUUGGAAUUCCUCAUAACAUGGGUUUUUCAAAGAGCCAUCGAUCUUAAAGCAAAUUGCGAUGAAUAUUUCGCCCCUCUCUUUGAUUACUCACAAUCUAAGUUUGACGCCAAUUUUAGCGUUCUGUUAAACAGUUGUACGACGCAAUUGAGCAGUUUGUGCGUCUUAAAUAAACAUGUCGAUGAGAAAUUAGUGAGCUACGUAUACGACACGGAUGCGAUUAACGAGCAUUGGACUAGAUUGGAGCUAGAUUCUAUACAUUUUGAGGUUAUCCGAUGGCUCGUGAAGGUGGGGCUGCUUCCUGAAUGCCACCCCUCGACUUACCUACGUCCCGACGAUUCGGAAAGGAUCAGCGCCCCCUUUCCUGUUUAA